AUGUCUAUUAAGUUGGUUAUGGGGGGAUCUACGGUGAACGUUAUUAGUGCCUACGCCCCGCAAGUAGGUUUGGACGAAGUGGAUAAUAAGGAAUUCUGGGAGGUUUUAGAUGAGGUGGUGAGGAGCAUCUCGAGUACUGAGAAGCUUUUCGUGGGAGGGGAUUUCAAUGGGCAUAUUGGGUCUUUAUCGAGAGGGUAUGAUGGUGUGCAUGGCGGUUUCGGUUUUGGUGAGCGGAAUGAAGGAGGAGCUUCUCUGUUGGAUUUUUCUAGGGCUUUUAGGUUGUUAGUGAUGGACUUGGUUAUCAAUAAAGGCAAAAAGAAGAGAAGUGGGGAGGCACAACUCAGGAUUAAGUGGGGUAGCUUGACUUUGGCUAGUGCUUUGAAGAUGGAAGAGAAGUUGAAGAGCAUGGGGCUUGGAAGAGUAGAGGGGGUGUGGAUAAUAUGUGGGAGACAACUGUCAAUUGCAUUGGGAGACUGCUAG